AUGCGGUGGUUUGCCCACGUCGUCCCGGCCGUCGUGGGGUUUGGAAUACCCUCGGCUAUGUCACUCAGCAUUCCUUCUCCGCAGCUGAUCCUCAAGUCCUGGUCUGGCACCAACAACAUCUGCCCUCUGGCACCCAAGGUCGAAGUGCCUGAAGAUGGUCUGCUUUCUGCGCUUCGAUAUGUCCAGGAUGAGGCCAUUCGGCUGCAGCAGGUUGACCGUCUCUCAAGAGCCGUCCAGAUUCCCACCACGGUGAAUGACUACAUGAAGGACCCGUUUGACGAGUGGUUCGCUCCCUUUGUUGACUUCCAAGAGCUCUUGGAAUCGCUAUUUCCUCUGAUUCAUUCGUAUGCCUACGUGGAUCAUAUCAACAGACUCGGCCUGCUCUAUACCCUCAAUGGCACCGAUGACUCACUUAAACCGAUCCUGUUCAUGGCUCACCAAGACGUUGUACCGAUCAAUGAUCCUUCCGACUGGACUUACCCACCCUUUGCCGGUCACUUCGAUGGCGAAUGGCUCUGGGGCCGAGGGGCUAGCGACUGCAAGAACGUCUUGAUUGGCCUCCUGUCCGUCAUUGAAGAUCUGCUCCAGCAGAACUGGCAGCCGACACGCACCAUUGUUCUCGCCUUCGGGUUUGACGAGGAAUCUCAUGGCUUCCUCGGUGCUGGCUCGCUCGCCCCUGCCCUAGAAGAAAAGUACGGCCCAGACAGCUUCGAGUUCAUCCUGGACGAGGGCGGCAUGGGGCUCGAGACUCUGGGCGAUGAUGUCGUUUACGCGCUCCCUGGCGUAGGAGAGAAAGGCAGUAUAGAUAUUGUGCUCUCUCUCGACAUCGCCGGCGGCCACAGCUCCAUCCCACCUCCUCACACGGGGAUCGGCAUCAUGGCUGAGAUCAUCUACGAGCUCGAGCGACAGGACCUAUUCGUCCCUAUCCUUACCGACGACCACCCCUCUCGCCGGAUGCUCGAAUGUCAGGCUCGCUAUUCCCCCAACCACGUCGAGCCCUGGCUCGCCUCCGGCCUUCAGUCGUCUGACCACGUCGCGCUAGCCGAGAAACUCGCAUCCUCCCGCGGCGACGCCUUCCGAUACAUCCUGCAAACCUCGCAGGCCGCCGACAUCUUCAACGGCGGCAUCAAAUCCAACGCUCUCCCCGAGAAGAUCUCCGCGCUCGUCAACUACCGCAUCGCCCUCCAUCAAACCCCAGAACUCAUCAAGCAGCGCGCCAUCGACAUCAUCGCCCCCAUCGCCGACAAGCACAAUUUGUCUCCUACCAACAUCGACACCGACGCCGUCUGGGCUCGGUUCGCGGGUGUCGCGCGUACCUCCUUUGAGUCCGUCCCCAGCUUGAAGGGCAAGACGGUGGUGGUCAGCGGCGACAUCAUGACGGGAAACACCGACACCAGAUUCUACUGGGCCCUGUCGCGGAACAUCUACCGCUGGAGUCCGUCUCGCAGGGGCGGUAGCCUGAACAUCCAUACGGUCGACGAGCGAGUAGCUAUCGAUGUGCACCUCGAGGCAAUGGUUCUAUAUUACAAUCUGAUCCGUUCUUUUGACGCUUGGAAUGACUCGGUUGGAGCGUCCCAUGAUCUCUGA